GCACAACCGCACGGCCGCGUAGCUCCGAUCUUGCCGAAAACGCCUUGCGGGGAGGUUGAGCCGCUUGCACAAUGUCUGAAAUGAACGAGCUGUCCGAGCUCUAUGAGGAAAGCAAUGACCUGCAGAUGGAUGUGAUGCCUGGCGAGAGUGACCUUCCGCAGAUGGAGGUAGGCGGCGGGAGCCGGGAGCCAUCCCUGAACCCCUCCCGCGCCGGGGCCCAGCCACAGCUGGAGGAGGAAGGCCCGAUGGAGGAGGAGGCCGCCCAGCCAAUGGCGGAGCCGCUGGGGCAGCGAGGCCUCGCUAGCCGGCCCGGCCCUGGGGAGCAGCCAGGCCAGAUCGCGGGCCCUGAUUUCGAGAGCGAGGACGAGGGCGAGGAAUUCGAUGACUGGGAGGACGACUACGACUAUCCGGAAGAGGAGCAGCUGAGUGGUGCAGGCUACAGAGUAUCAGCGGCCCUUGAAGAAGCCAACAAGAUGUUUUUGAGAACCUCCAGAGCAAGAGAAGCAGCUCUGGAUGGCGGGUUUCAGAUGCAUUAUGAGAAGACCCCGUUUGAUCAGUUGGCUUUUAUCGAAGAGCUUUUUUCACUCAUGGUUGUCAAUCGUCUGACCGAAGAGCUCGGCUGUGAUGAGAUUAUUGAUAGAGAGUAGUUAAACGCUGUGAAGAGAGGAGGAAACUACUUGAGGAGAGACCUGGCAUUCCACUGUCUCUUGGGUUCAUUCCAAAUAGUUUCGUGCCAAUGAAAAACUUGGUCUUCAAAAAAAAAAAAUUUUUUUUUUUUUGUAGAAUAAAGUAGCGACUGCACAGUUAUGAAAAAGGAAAUUGUUAAAGAAGAAGGAUCUAAAUACUGUCGAAACCUGUUUUCAAGAAUGUCCUGAAACAUUUAUGGCUUUGACUUUGUUAUUGAUCCAGAUUAAUUUCCUUGCAUUGAGGAAAAUAUAUGUUCCUGUAAGGGAUGGCUUUGCAAGAGCAAAAGACUCUGGUUGAACUUCAUAAUGUAAGAACUGUUAAGUGAAAAUUGUCCAGUAAAAGGAAAGCCCUACACCUAAAAAAGACUUCAUGAACAACCCUUAAAGGUUUUAAACCUGCCCAGAAAUCCACCUCGGUAUCUGAAGUUUCCCUCUGUCUCCUCCUCUAAUUAAGCUUGUUAGUGGUUAUGCACCAGCAUUGGGGAUAAUAAAAAUUUCUUGUUCUGUGUA